AGAAACCUGCCUGUACAGAUGAUAGCUGCCGUCACUUGCUUCAUCUGAUUGGCACAAGCUCUUCCUUGUUAUAUUUUAAUAAAUAUAACUUUAAAGAAGUGCCAAAAGUUUGCAUUGUCAUUCUGGGUGUGGGGCAAUCCACUUAAUGUCAUCUGCUAAGAGAGUAUUCAGUCCCGUCAGAGAUUCUUUGGGAAGAAAUUGGACAUGUGCCUUGCGCUGCUGACAUUGAUGUCUUGUCUCUUCCUCUGUCUGGUGGUGCUCAUUUAUAAAGAUGUCCGACGAACAGAUCUCCCUUCAGGUGUCUGUGGACCUGCCAAGCUCUUCUUCGUUUCCAUUAAUGUACAUGCAGUAUUUCGUGUGGCACUUCUUCUGGAAAAACUUGGCAUUUGCCAUAAAAGUAAAAUCUUUCGAGUUGCAUUUAAUGGGAUCCCACCAAUGAAGGACUCAAGGCUAAUAAUCAAGGACCUGGUUUUUGAUGAAGUGCCGGUGAGGUUGUACUGCCCCAAAACAUCAACCCCUGAGAACAGGAGAGGGAUGAUCUAUCUUCAUGGAGGGGUUGCAAUAUUUGGAAGCAUUCGGGGAUAUGAAAGGGUGUGUCGCUACAUUGCCCGAGAAAGUAAUUCAGUAGUUGUGAGUGUUGGAUUCCGUUUAGCUCCUGAGCAUCUGUACCCAGUCCCGGUACUCGACUGCUGCACUGCUGCAAUACACUUUUUGAAGAAUGCAAAGGAUUAUGGAGUGGACCCCAACCACAUUGCCAUUGGUGGGGACAGUAGCGGAGGAACAUUUGCUGCUGUUGUUUGUCAAGAGCUGGUGACCAGAGUGGACCUUCCAAGAAUGCAAGCACAGAUCAUGGUCUACCCCUUCCUGCAAGCAGUGGACUUCAGUUUGCCUUCCCAUCAGCAAAACCAUUCAGUUCCCAUGUUGUUCAAGAAAUGGGCCAUCAGACUUGGUUUUGAAUAUGUCACUGGGAAGAUUAGCAAUAUAGAUGAAUUUAUGAGAAAUGCCCAUGUCCCUGAAGAUAUGAGGAUGAAGUACCGGAAAUGGAUUAGUGCUGAUAACAUUCCAGAAGAAUUUAAAGUUAGGGGCUAUGUCCCAGAAGUGCCUGCUCCAUUUUCAGAACAUCUUUAUGAAACUUGCCAACCAGUCUUUGAGCCAAGGUUCUCCCCACUCCUAGCAGAAUAUACUGUUAUCGAACAGCUCCCCGAGACAUUCAUUUUGACCUGUGAGUAUGAUGUCAUGCGGGAUGAUGGGCUGUUAUACAAGAAGCGGCUGGAGGACAAUGGCGUCCCAGUGACAUGGCAUCAUGUUCAGGAUGGGUUCCAUGGAAUGAUUUCCUUCAUUGAUUAUGGACCGCUUGAAUUUCAAAACUCCCGAACAAGCUUGCAACAUUUAACCCAUUUCUUAGAAAGUUUGUAGAAAUAAGCAAUCCAUUUUCCUUCUAGUCUUCCACUUCUCUGGAAUUAAGCCACCCCUCCGUCCUCCAGAUGGGUGUCUGAGUUUUCCAGGCCCCAUUGGUGGAGAAAGUCUCAUGAGACUUCCUCCCAGGGCGAGGGGAGAAACACCUGGCCUUGCGUGGCCAACCAGAACUGGGCAGACACUUGCCUUAAAUAAGGAUGCACCAUCCAAUACUUUCUUUUUCUUCCGUAAACUCCCACCCACCUGCCCUGUGGAGUAAUAUGUGCCUUGGUAGGUGCCUUUUUGAGGGCUGAGUGGGAUUUUUGUUGUUGUUGUCCCUGAUUGGCUUUGGGGACUCCUUUUCCCUCCUACACCAUACUGCUUGGGUUUCCAGAGCUUUAUACCAAGUCAGACUAUUGGGCUCUCUAGCUCAGUAUUGUCUACACUAACCGGCAGUGGCUGUCUAGGGUUGCAUGUGGAGGAUGUCCCCUGCCCGACCUGCAAAUGCUUGACCACUGAGCUGUGGUCCUUCCCGUUAAGUGUAAUGUAACAUUCCAGUCCUCAUCAGUUCUAAAUGAAGCACUGCUGAAUUAGGAACAAAAGAAGGUGUCUUACAUCAAGUCAGAUAAUUGGUCCAUCUUGAUCAGUGUUACCUACACUGACUGGCAGUGGUUCUUCGGGGUUUCAGGCAGGGUUCUCUCCAGCCCUACCUGGAGAUGUCAAGGAUUGAUCCUAGGAACCUUCUGCAUGCAAAGCAGAUGUUCUACCACCAAGCUACAUCCCUUCCCAAACCUGGUUGCUUAUUUGGCGGACUGGAGUUUUGAUUGGCUCUGUAUUCUUGUCGAAACGCUGGCUGUUGGUGUGGAUUGGGAUGGGUUCAGCAAAAUAUGCCCAUUGCAAUUUGUCUCACUUUCUCAUUUUCCCCCUCUUAGCUUGUCCAAAUUUUCACAUCAGUUUGCGUUUUUUUUUUAAAAAAGACAAAAGUUCCCGUGAAAAUUCAUCAGCAUGUAUGGAUUUCUCUUCAUAUACACAUUUUCAUGCAUUUCCCCCUAAUAUACAUAUAUUGCAAUGCAAUUUUCCUAAUAUAAUGCAUUAUUGUAUGUUGGUUUCACUAAUACAUGCAUUUAUAGGCACA